GCGCUCUCUAGUAGGCUGCUAUCUGUCUCGUCUUUGCAUCUCGCGUAAUUGCACGCAGGGCGCAACCAGGUCGUGUUGUUACAUUUGAUUCUGCUCCCGUUUGGGCAAGCAACAUGUAACAACAUGUGCAGAAACGAACGCAAGAGGUCCGGGAACGUGUGACUUCUCGUCUCGGUUUCGUAGACGAACUUCUCUACGUGCUCUUGCGAUACAGGAGGCACCAUGAACGGGUCUGGUCGCACGUUCCGCGGUGGCUUCACACUCAUGCCUGUCAGAUGGAGGGAUGUCGAGCCUCGACCACGUGGAGGCUUGCGUGAGCCGGCGCCACCAAAUGCAGCGCGGCGGACCCGUGCCGUAGUCCAGGUGUGUCGGGCUGAGCCGGGUUGAUUGAUUUGCACGCUCUUGAUUCUGAUCGCAGGAUCACACCGUCAGCACUGUCUUGGGUAGUUGCCUAACAGGCUUGACCCUCGCCCGGUCAGUGAUUGGUUUAGGAUGUACUGCAUAUGCAUCGUAAAGGCGGUCGACGUCCUGGGUAGACUCGGCCUAAUGGAUAGGUCUGACCGGCGUGCUGAGUUGUUGCCAAAAUCCCACAGGAGUUCUUCUACUGUUGCACCUGACUUCGCAUUGCCGUAAAAGCGAAGGUGGAUCCUGUAACCAAAUCAGGGAUCAUCAUCAUUUUGAGCCUGCGUGGAUGCAAUCCAAUCCUGCAUCAAAGCCUGAGCAUUUCCUUCCGUUCCAGACUUCUGCUUCCCUGGCCCGCCCUUGCGCUCGACAAAGAGGCAGAGCACCCAUCCCCAGAUGCUGAACCCUUCGUAGGUCGUCCGGAACCCCAGCUUUUUCUUGUCAUCAGCUUCUUCCUCAUGAGCUUCAUCUCUGCCAUGAUGCUGCGCAUCUUGUUCGAGAUCGCCGGCUUCAGGUAUCUGUCCGAGAUCAACGCGUUCAUCGUCACUUUCGUCCUGAAUCAUGACUGCGUCUCGGUCGGCACCUGUGAGUUUGCCGCCAUUGUUGGUCCGUAUCGUCUCCCGCUGCUGAAACGUUUUGUUCUUUACCAAUAGCGAGUGUCGCGUGCGGAUUUCCGUUAGGAAUAUCGAGACUUCGAAGUCAUCUAGAGAUAACUGUGAACGCGGAUUCCUGCUGCGCGGGUGUUUUGCUCCUACCCUUUUUCACAAUGUCCUUGACACUUUUCUUUUUCUUCCCUUUGCCCCUCGCUCUCUCAUUCUCCUCUCUAAGCUUGGGCAGGACGUAUGGUUUGAUUGCCUCGAAAACACGUGGAAGAGCCGGGUCCUUCUCGCUGAGGAGCCAUCGUGGUUCGUCGGCAGGAUUCUCCAGAAAGAUCCGGCAUUCGAGGACAGAAUGCUUACUGAUGCGCAAAUAGCGUCGUAUUGGUGCCAUCAAUUUGGAAGCACGGCACAAACUCGACAACUUGAACUCGAACAGUCGCCGGCACAAUCAGUUGGAAGGAGAUCAACCAAAGUCCCACGCCGAAAUACUUCGGAGGUGUGUCAUCGCCAACGGUCACGUGGAGAUUAGAUAAGGCCUCCCCGGACCUCAGCCUUAAGGAGCUCGACGUCGUCUGAAGUCUUUGGUGCAACAAUGCGCUGUAUCAAGGAUGGAAAGUAUCAUGGCGCCUCCUGCGAUGGGGCGGUAAUAUGACGGGAUUUUCGUGCUCGAUGUGCAGGUGGGGAUAUGGGAACCCGGCGAGGUAUUGACCACAGGUACGGGUCGCUCCUGCUCGUCGGCGGCCUCUGUCCAAAUUUGAAGAGACUCGGGAUGUCGAGGGGAUUGUUUCGUGUCAUCAAGGACAUCUUUUGGAAAAGAUGGUUGAGAGUACAACUGAACGUCCACAAGGACGCCUUCUUUGGUAGGGACAUGAGAGUCGUCUGCAUAUCAUGACCUUCAUGCACAGCUGCCGUAACAGACCAACCGCUCCCCAGCGAUGCGGUGACAAUAUUGAGGCUGCGCUCCUCAAUAGAUUGAUUCAAUAACAUGCGCUUCCAAAGUCUCAUUACCCCAGUGAAGAAUGCGUGAGUUCUUCUCUUCCUCUGUAUCUCCAUUUGACCAUCUCUUCACCCGUGUACUGCCCUGCCAUCAUGGCUCCUUCCUCGACUACCCCCAACUUCUCCAGACCGCUGCCCUCUCCUAUGCUGCCAGGCGGGGUGGGCACUCCAGGAAGAGGUGCAAAGGAUCGACAUGCCUUGAGGGAACUGCCCAACUCAGUAUUUCUAGCAAACACCAGUAUGCCACAGGUGGUGCAGGCAGGAAGAGCAAAAGAGGCUGCUCCAGCAAGCCAGAGAUUGUUUGACAUAGCAACAGACGGUGUUGUGCCAGACAAACAGGCACACUCCAACAAGCUGAACACAACGAACGACGCUAGUACUGAUGGAACCUACGAGAUUGUGCAGCAGCACAACAACAACAACCGCAGCAGAAGACGGUUGUCUAAAGUUAGUGUGAAGAGUGCAGCUGAAUCUAGUAUCAGCGACCUCAGUAUUGACCUCGGCGGUCCUGACAAGCCGAUCUCCAACUUCCGACCCAAUCUGUGGCGUCAUCUCGACCGUGACCGUGAAGUUCUCAACAUCGACCUCUUCUGGCCGGUCAAGCUUGACGAUGAAGAGGACAGUGACGAAGACGAAGACGAAGGAAAGGCUACCAAUGACGACGGCGACUCAAAGGACGUCUUCCCUUUCAAAGAACUCAAGCCUCUCACAGAGUUCUACAAUCUCCAUCAUCUCAAGCUUAACGGCAUGAUGCGGUCCUACCAACCUUUGAUCUGGGCAACCUGCUGGGUCAACAAACGCCUGACCAAGGUUCACCUUGAGAUGGCUCUGGAACCUGUCAUCAAUGCAGACAUCAUGCACAAAUACCGCAAGAUUGACCUCAACUGGGUCUACGACCGCUUGUCCGACACCACGGUCGAGUGCGAAUAUCUCGGCUCCCACGGCGAGGGAAUCCUGCAUGAAGAGUUUGGCGAAGGUGAGUAUCUCGAUCAACAGGCAAUGAAGGCAGGCCAAAUCAACGUGGUCCACGUCCUGCCGGUCGAGAACUUUCGCUAUCUCCCAAUCACCCACCUCACUUUGAUGAAUUUUGCUGUGGACGCCGGCCCAUUCUUCCGCUGGUUCGACCCUGCCAAGCUCAAAGAAGUCCAAUUCCUCGGAGAUUGCAUCGAUACUGGUUUCUCUCUGCCGCGUGAGAUGAAAUUCACCGUUCGCGUCAAUGGCCCCAAGCCUUUGCCCCUUCCUCCUGCCGGUGCUAGAUGGGUCCGCCCUGGCGAAGUCAAGCUCGUCGACAUCAAACCACGAAAGACAGCUGCCAGCAAUAACAAGGCCAAAACCAACAAGGCCACCGCAGACGAUCGUGGAAGUGCAACUACAAACUCAGAAUUUACAAUUGAAGGAUCCCACAGUGUUGCCUGCGGUGGCUCGACCGGUCUAAAGGGCAAGCUCAGUCAGAUGAUGCCGAAAUGGGCGUCCAAGUCGAAGGACAAGAGUUCGUCCGAACAAGAUCAACCCGUUUACACUAUUGAGAGGAGCUUCUCGGGCAUGAGCCUUUCGGACUGAGCAGCGGCUCGAUGUGAGUCAGGGCGCAGGCAGCUCGCAGUUGAGACGAGAGAUGUGUGACGUAUUUGCUAUGUGCAGUGAUGACAGCCAACAAGGCUGAUUGCGAGCGGUCUGUGUGAAGACCAGAUGACUUUGAGACAGAGUGGGGUGGAUGACAUCGAGUCCGGUUUAUGGACCCUUUGUUAAAGUGCUAUAGCACAGUAAUAGUCCCGAUCCAAACUCGAAGUCAGAAAAUGCUAAUGAAAGAAACACCUGAAACACGAAAAACCGA